CAAACUUUUUUGUAAAAUGUCAACGAUUUGUUGUUCCACAACAUUUAUUUUUUGUUUUUUCCUUGACCCCCCGUUUUGGUGUGAAGGAGGUGGCAUCAAGUCUUCAUUAUCUGCAUCGGUAUUUGUUGUUUCAGAAGAUUGGUUUUCAUAAUUGCUUUCUGUAUCAUUAUUUGCUAUAGAACUGUCAAGAAAUUGUAGUUUUCUGUAAUACACAUAUGUCAUAUGUUUGGAAGAUCCAGAUCCAGACGGAAGCUUUUUUCGUUUUUUACACUCCCUCGUGUAAUUGUCCCGAAUGCUUUUCCACUUUUUCAUUAGUGUAGUCCCUGAAAAUAAAAAUAAUAAUUUUAAUUUUUACAGGUAUUUGGCGUCUGGCUGCUCGUUCGCAGAUUUGCAUUACGGAUACCGUCUUGGAAAAUCGACUAUUAUAAAGAUAAUUGAACACGUUUGUAAAGUGCUAUGGGACAAAUUAAAAUCCAUAUCCAUGCCUGAAAUAACAACAGAGAAAUGGAAAGAAGUUGAAGAAGGUUUUAAGAAGUAUGCCAACUUUCCAAAUUGUAUCGGCGCAAUUGAUGGAAAGCAUAUUGAGAUAAUGCAACCAAAACAUAUAGGCUCGCUUUAUUUCAAUUACAAGAACUAUUUUUCUUCUGUCUUACUAGCAAUUUGUGAUGCAAAUUACUGUUUUGUAUACGUUGAUAUCGGAUCUUACGGCAAAAGCAGUGAUUCUGCUAUUUUUCAACAUUCACAUUUUUAUAAAAGAAUGAUGGAUAAUAAGUUAAAUAUUCCUAAACCGAAACCCAUUUCGAAUGUCGAUAAAACACCAUUACCUCACGUGUUCGUAGGCGAUGAAGCCUUUGGAAUCAUGUCAAAUGUAAUGCGCCCAUACGGUGGAAAACAACUUACACACACCAAAAAAAUAUUCAAUUACAGAUUAUCGAGAGCAAGGCGCUAUAUCGAAUGCACUUUCGGAAUACUGAGUAACAAAUGGCGAAUAUUUCACAGACCUAUUGAUGUAAAUAUCGAGUUCGCGGAAAAUAUUAUGAAAGCCUGCACAGUAUUGCACAAUUACGUUCGAGUACGUGAUGGUUAUAGAUAUGAAGACACACUUUAUAAUUCGCCGUUACAAUCUAUACAUUUAGAAAAUACACCACGAGGCAGCUUGUGUGCUAGAACUGCAAGAGAAAAAUUUCCCAACUAUUUUGUAAACGAGGGAAAACUACAUUGGCAAGACAACAUGAUUUAAGUAUUAA